AUGAGGCGGCGGCCGGCGGAUUACCGGCGGCUAGCUAGAAGGAGAUUAUCGAGUUGGAUAUGGCUUCUCCUUGGUUCCUUCUCUGUCGCUGGAUUGGUUCUCUUCAUGGUUCAGCAUCAUCAUCAUCAACAAGAUCCACCUCAGCUUAUAGUUGAGAGAGACGCAAAAAUCGAGAACGUAUCUCCUCCUCGUUUAAACUUCACGGAAGAGGUAACAAGUGCUUCCUCCUUCUCUAGGCAGUUAGCAGAGCAGAUGACGCUCGCCAAGGCUUAUGUUUUUAUAGCCAAAGAGCACAAUAAUCUUCAUUUAGCUUGGGAACUGAGUUCUAAGAUCAGAAGGUGUCAGCUUUUGCUCUCAAAAGCAGCAAUGAGAGGUCAACCUAUUUCAGUAGAUGAGGCAAAACCGAUUAUUAGUGGUCUAUCAGCUCUUAUCUACAAGGCACAAGAUGCGCAUUAUGACAUAGCCACCACUAUGAUGACCAUGAAAUCUCACAUCCAGUCCCUUGAAGAGCGUGCAAACGCAGCGACCGUUCAAACCACGAUAUUUGGGCAAUCGGUUGCCGAGGCACUGCCAAAGAGCCUCCACUGCUUGAUGAUCAAACUCACAUCUGAUUGGUUAACUCAACCAUCACGCCAUGAACUAGCAGAUGAGAACAGAAACUCACCCAGACUUGUUGACAACAACCUCUACCAUUUCUGUAUCUUCACGGAUAACGUGAUAGCCGCCUCGGUUGUUGUUAACUCAACCGUCUCCAACGCCGAUCACCCGAAACAGCUUGUUUUCCACAUAGUCACGAAUCGAGUGAGCUACAAAGCUAUGCAGGCUUGGUUUCUAAGUAAUGACUUCAAGGGAUCAGCUAUAGAGAUUAGGAGCAUAGAAGAGUUUACUUGGUUGAAUGCUUCAUAUUCUCCUGUUGUUAAGCAACUGCUGGAUACAGAUUCAAGAGCUUACUAUUUCGGGGACCAGACAAGUCAAGAAACGAAUUCCGAGCCAAAAGUGAGGAACCCAAAGUACUUGUCGUUACUGAACCAUCUCAGAUUCUACAUCCCCGAGAUCUAUCCGCAGCUAGAAAAGAUUGUUUUCCUAGACGACGAUGUUGUUGUUCAGAAAGAUUUGACUCCACUCUUCUCCUUGGAUCUGCACAACAACGUCAAUGGAGCUGUGGAAACAUGUCUUGAAGCCUUUCACCGUUAUUACAAGUAUCUGAAUUUCUCAAACCCACUCAUCAGCUCCAAGUUCGACCCACAAGCAUGUGGAUGGGCUUUCGGUAUGAACGUUUUCGAUCUUAUCGCAUGGAGGAAAGCGAAUGUGACUUCUCGGUACCAUUACUGGCAAGAGCAGAACAUAGACCGAACGCUUUGGAAACUCGGGACUCUCCCUCCAGGUCUGUUGGCUUUCUAUGGUCUCACCGAGCCACUAGACAGAAGAUGGCAUGUCUUGGGUUUAGGUUACGAUGUGAACAUCGAUAAUCGUUUGAUCGAAACCGCGGCUGUUAUACACUAUAAUGGCAACAUGAAGCCUUGGCUAAAGCUGGCCAUUGGUAGGUAUAAACCUUUCUGGUUAAGGUUUUUGAACUCGAGCCAUCCUUAUUUACAAGAUUGUGUCACAGCUUAA